AGUGAUUUUCAAUAAUGAGGAAACCAAAGAAUAAUGAGAGUUGAGAAUGAGAUUGAGGUCCACCGUGAACCUCACCUCAUCUGAUUGAUUCUUGACUCGUUAAGCUUACGGGAUGAUGAUUCACCACAAUCAACAGGAAAUCACAUCAACGGCCAAGAUUGCAAAGAAGGGGGUAGGUAUGGUAUGAGUGGGCCCCACAAUACCAACCCCCAGCCCAACUGUUUGGAUUUGGAUGAUGAGGGAGGGUAAGGUAAGCUGGUAAGGUAAGAGAGUGACUUUUUUCCUGUUUUAAUUAAUUAAUUAAUUAAUCUUUUUCCAUUAAUUUUCUUCUACCAACGCCACCAACAACCGAGGGAGAUUAAUUAUUAAUACGAGCGAAGUAAUAAUAAUCUUUAUAAGGCAAAGGGAAAGGCAAACAUCUUCAUUUACCAAAGAUAAGCUAUAAAUAAAUAAAGCCAUUCUCUUCCCUCCCAACAAUCUCCUCUCUUCAUAUUCUUUCUUUCUUUCUUCUGGAACUGCAACUAUAGAACCAGAAGGAAGGAAGGAAGGAAGAAGAUGAAGGUCAUAGACAAGAUCCGGUGUGAGGCUAACAAUGACAACGUCGUCUUCUCCUUCGAGUUCUUCCCACCCAAGACGGAGGAAGGAGUCGAGAACCUCUUCGAGAGGAUGGAGAGGAUGGUAGCUCACAACCCAGCCUUCUGCGACAUCACUUGGGGCGCUGGAGGCUCCACCGCCGAUCUCACUCUCGACAUCGCUAACCGAAUGCAGAACACAGUCUGCGUCGAGAGCAUGAUGCAUCUCACUUGCACCAACAUGCCACUGGACAAGAUCGACCACGCUCUCUCCACUAUCAAGUCCAACGGCCUCCAGAACGUCCUCGCUCUCCGCGGCGACCCUCCUCACGGCCAGGACAAGUUUGUCCAAAUCCAAGGUGGCUUCGCAUGUGCUCUUGAUCUCGUCAAGCAUAUCCGGGCUAAGUACGGUGACUACUUCGGCAUCACCGUCGCCGGCUAUCCAGAGGCUCAUCCGGACGCAAUCGGCCCCGACGGCCUCGCCUCACCCGAAGCAUACCAGGUCGAUCUUGCUUAUUUGAAGAGUAAGGUCGAUGCUGGAGCUGAUUUAAUAGUCACUCAACUAUUCUACGACACUGACAUUUUCCUCAAGUUCGUCAAUGACUGUCGCCAAAUUGGGAUUAAUUGUCCCAUUGUUCCCGGAAUUAUGCCUAUCAAUAACUACAAAGGCUUCAUACGCAUGACCGGAUUUUGCAAAACAAGGAUUCCAUCUGAGGUCACCGCUGCCCUGGAGCCUAUUAAGGACAAUGAUGAAGCUGUGAGAGCGUAUGGAAUUCACCUUGGAACUGAAAUGUGCAAGAAGAUUUUAGGCAGUGGCAUAAAAACAUUGCACCUUUACACUCUUAACAUGGAGAAAUCAGCAUUGGCCAUACUAACGAAUCUUGGGUUGAUUGAAGAACGUAAAAUAUCCAGACCCCUUCCUUGGAGACGUCCUGCUAAUGUUUUCCGAGUCAAAGAAGAUGUCCGUCCCAUAUUCUGGGCAAACCGCCCGAAGAGCUACAUAUCAAGGACUACUGGCUGGGACCAGUACCCACAAGGACGAUGGGGAGAUUCUCGCAAUCCUGCAUAUGGGGCUUUAACUGAUUAUCAGUUUAUGCGACCACGUUCACGUGACAAAAAACUUGUGGAAGAAUGGAGCAUUCCUUUGAAGAGCGUUGAAGAUAUUCAUGAGCAAUUUAAGAAAUUAUGCCUUGGAAAGUUGAAAAGCAGUCCUUGGUCUGAAUUAGAUGGACUUCAGCCUGAGACAAAGAUCAUAAAUGAACAACUAGUGAAAAUAAACGGAAAAGGUUUCCUGACUGUGAAUAGCCAACCAGCAGUAAAUGGGGAAAGAUCUGAUUCCCCAGUAGUUGGAUGGGGUGGGCCAGGAGGAUAUGUUUAUCAAAAGGCGUAUUUAGAGUUCUUUUGCACUAAGGAUUUGUUGGACGCCCUUGUUGAAAAAUGCAGCAGGGGUUUCUCAUCUUUCACCUACAUGGCUGUGAACAAACAAGGGCAUUGGUUGGCAAAUGUUGAUCAAACUUUUGUCAAUGCCGUAACAUGGGGAGUGUUCCCAGGAAAGGAGAUCAUCCAGCCAACUGUUGUGGAUCCUGCUAGCUUUACGGUAUGGAAAGAUGAGGCAUUUGAAAUCUGGUCAAGAGGAUGGGCUCGCUUGUACCCUGAGGUUGACCCUUCUAGGAAAGUACUUGAAGAGGUGGAGAACAGCUAUUUCUUGGUCAGCUUGGUCGAUAAUGAUUACAUCCAUGGUGAUCUUUUUGCAGUUUUUAAUGAGUUCUGAGUUGUGUUGUCCUUUCUAUUAGCUAUUAUUGAAAAUGAAAAUUAUGCUUUGCUCUUUAGUUGGUUUGUAAUUGUUAUUGUCCUUUGUGAAUUGUGUAAUAAUAAGAUGAGUUUUGGAACCUCCUCCCCUGCUGCGAUCCAGAAAUAUGGAGCAGUAACAGUAACUGCAGACCCAAAGCCGAUUUCUGUAAUUGUUGUCUACCUUAUUCAUUGUCGUUACAAGUUUUAUUUAUUUAUAGGGUGAUUCCAUACAAA